AUGUCGUCCCCUAUUCCGAUUUUCCUGGCCCUGGGCAUCCUAUGUCUGGGAAUGGGCAUUUACGGCGUCAUCGGACCAAACUUCUACAUCACAGUCUUCUGUCGGAUGGAAUACCAUGACCAGGUGACCAUCUCUCCUCUUUCGCUGGACGAAAAGAACCCUCUGUGUCACACCUCGGCUAUCCAAGAAAAGGUGUCGAGCUUCGAAUCCAUUGCCAACUUGAUCCAGGGCAUAGUCCAACUGAGUUUGGUGGCUCAAUGGUGUUUUUUAAGUGACAAGCUAGGCAGAAAGCGAGUCAUGGUGAUCAUAGGCUCACUGUUUCUUUCUUCGCUGGCCUUGACGCAAAUCUUCAGAACUUAUUGGUAUAUCUUCUCACCCAAAUGGUUCAUUCUAGCGUCGGUUCUUGAUCAUUCCGAAGUACUGGGCUCGCUCAUCAUUCUCUACUUCUCAGACGUCUGGGAACCCGAAACAUAUUCAAUGUACGUUGCCUGGUUUACCGGCUGUUUCUUGCUCAUUGGAGGUUCAGUGGGAAGCACGCUGGGAGCGUACUUGGCGGGCAAAUGGAAUCUCAUCAAGGUGUCAAGCGUCACUUUGAGCCUCAUUUUUAUUUUCCUCUUCUUGCUAAUCACCAUUGUUAAGGACGAUCGAACCAUCAAGCUGUCUAACCAAGUCACCUGCACCGAACCCAACAGUCAAACGGCCGACGAUACUAUCACCAGUUUUGAAGCCAUCGAAGGAGUCGCACCUCUGGGUGGAUUUACCGAAGUCGAAAAUAGAAUCGAACACCGAGGUCUCAAGAUCGACACCACUGUCAAUGUGGUUGAAACCCCUAAUUACACUCCAUCUCCGAGUAGAAAGCAAUCGCGUAACUACGGACAUCUCUGUCGUAAACAGUCUUCAAACUCUCUCGACUCCCCAAGUCCAUCACGUGACUAUCCUUCACGUGGUACUACCAUUCAAGUUUACGAUGAAUCAUCUCCAUUGGAUCCUCAGACGCCCAGUUCUUCACGAGACUUGACUUAUGAUUCAAUUGAGUCACCUACCACCCUCCCAGAGUCUCGGGGCUUCUCCAAGCCCAAAUAUACCCCGUCAAUUCACUCUGUUCCCGAUACCACACCUCCUCCACGAUGGUAUAAUCUGUUUUUGUCCAAGAUUAACAUCCUGUCUCCUAUCUUCACCAUCUUCAGUCUUGUUCCCUCGCGUGACCAUCGCAACCUUGUGUUAUUCAGCAUCAUCAAUUCUCUUGAGACUGCCGCUUCUUACAGCACCAUUUACAUCGUUGCCUUGUACGUCCAAUAUGUUUACGGAUGGACACCUGCCGAGCUUGGUAACGUGGUGGCUUUCAGUUCAGCUCUCAAGUUUGUCAUGGUGACUAUUGUGACGCCUAUUGUCAUCAAGUGGCUCAAUAAUCGCAUGACCAAGAACGACAAGAAGGUAUACAAACACCCUCUUCCUGACAUUCCCCUGAUCCGCUUCUCCAUGCUGUGUGGAGCCAUUUACACAACAUCUAUCGCCCUUACACAUUCUGGCACAGUCUUUAUUAUUCUUCAGGUGCUUUCUUCCGUUCGAUCGGUCGCUAUUCCGGCCCGUGCCACCUUUGUCAUAUCCCUAGCAUCUCGGGAAAACACUGGCAAGCUUCUGGGGGCCGUAGAACUCAUCAGCAAGCUGUUGCAGAUUCCUGCGACUUCCCUGUUUCUCAAAAUCUACUCAAUGACAGUCGCUGUCUACCCAGCUACAGUUUUGUUGAUUGUCGCAGCGGAGGAGUGGAUCUGCCUGGGUCUAGCUGCAGCCUUGAGAAACUACGUGCUUGAAGAGGGUGUCUAG